AUGUCUGAUAAGAUGUCUAGUGAUCCUAGAUUUUCAGGUGUCUACAAUGACCCCAAAUUUAGAUCUACUAAGGAAAAGAAGCUGAAGGUCAAGCUGGACAGCCGUUUCAGCAAGAAAGAUCUGGAAGUGAAGAAGAAGGCUAAAGUCGACAAAUACGGUAGAAAGAUCAAGAAUGGGGAUGCAAACAAGAAAGAGUUGGAGGAUUUCGACAAAUAUUUCGAGAAGGAAGAUGAAGCGAAGGAAAGUGAAGAUGCCGAGGCACCAGAGGCGCCCGUCAAAGUCGUUGUGGACAGGGCUCGUGGAGAAGUUCCCGAUGACUAUGUCAGCUCUGCUGAUGAGUUUACAUCAUCCGAUUCCGAGUCUUCUGGUUCCUCUGAGUCCGAAUCUGAGUCUGAGCAGAGUGACGUUGAGGAUGAAAUCGAAGCGAACAGCGGCAAACCUGAAUCUGGUGAUCCGUCCAAGACGCUUGCCGUGGUCAACUUAGAUUGGGAUCACGUUAAAUCGGUAGACCUGAUGAUCACCUUCACUGGGUUUAUUCCAAAAGGUGGUAAGAUUGAAAGAAUCUGUAUAUACCCGAGUGAGUUUGGUAAGGAAAGGUUGAACAGGGAGGAGAAGGAGGGUCCGCCCAAGGAAUUAUUUCAUAAGAAGAAGAGCAAGAAGAACAGUGCGGCGAAGUCCAAAGGCGCGGAAUCCGGCAAAAGCGAUGACGACGUUUCUGAUGUCGACAUCAAGGAUUUGUAUGAGGAAGGUGACGCGGAGAAGGACAUCGACUCCAAAGCUCUGCGUCAGUACCAACUAGAGAGAUUGAGAUACUUCUAUGCCGUCGUUUACUGUAAUAAUGUAGAGACUGCGAAGGCGAUCUAUGACAACUGUGACGCGACAGAGUACGAGUCAACGGCCAAUAUGUUCGACUUGAGAUACGUCCCCGAGGGGAUGACCUUCGACGACGAUCCUAGAGACGAGUGUGAGGCGUUACCAAAAAAUUACAAGCCUUUAAACUUUGCGACGGAUGCUCUACAGCAUUCCAACGUGAAAUUGACCUGGGACGAAACGCCUGCUGACCGGGUUGAGAUUGCGAAGAGGGCGUUUUCUCAGAAGGAGAUCGACGAUAUGGACUUCAAGGCUUAUUUGGCCUCUGAUAGCGAGGAUUCGGAUGCGAAAGUUGAUGAAACGAUGAAGAACAGAUUGAAGGCGCUUGUCGGUGGUACUUUGAAAGCGAGCAGGCCGAAGGGCGGUGCGGAAGAAGACGAGGACGAUGAGGAAGGAAUGGACAUGGAGAUCACUUUCACGCCUGGUUUGGACGAAGCACAGGUUGCUGAACAGGAAGCCGCCGCAGAGGAGGAAAGUACGAUAGAUAAGAUUAGACGUAAAGAGAAGGAGCGUCGUAAGAACAGGAAACAAAAGUUGAAGGAAUUGAAGAAGAACGCGGAGAAGGAAAAGAGGGACAAGUUGAAAUCGUUGAAGAAGGGUCGCAAGAAUGGUGAGGAGGAGCCCGUUGACGACAAGGCAAAGGCUGAACUUGAACUAUUGAUGAUGGAUGAAGAUGAGGAGAGAGACUCGAAGAGUACGUUAAAUAAGAAGAUGCACUUUAACAUGAACGAGAUCAUGCGUUCUGAGAAGGAGAAGAAGAAGAAAUCGAAGUUCCAGGACAAGAACAGGAUUGUCGAGGAUGAGUUCAAACCCGAUUUGAGCGAUGACAGAUUCAAGGAAGUCUUUGAGGACCACGAUUUUGCUAUCGAUCCAUCCCGUCCCGAGUUCAAGGAAACACCGGCGAUGCAGAAAAUCUUACAAGAACGUUCCAAUCGUGCCCGCUCCAAGGGUAAGAAAAGGAAAUCCGCAGAGCAGUCCACGGACACCUCUGACAAGACGGACAUCUCACAGAUUGUGUCUAAAUUGAAGAGGAAGAAGAAGUCGAAAACGAAGGCAUGA